AUGAUAUUAAGAAAAGACCAAGAAAUCGAAGAAAUUCAACAUCACUUUAAUGAAAUAAGUGAAAAAAUUUUUCAUCAAGAAAAUGCAGUUAUAAUUAUCGGUGACACAGGAGAGGGAAAAACUACGUUAUUAGGAUAUUUAACCGGGAUUCCCUUGUUUAGUAAAGAAGAUGAUCUUGGUGAUUAUAUUAUUUACGCUAAAGAUUCAAAUGAAUUAGAUAUCAAUGAUAGGCCUAUUUCACAAACUUCUUUACCAAAAUUUCGAGAAGUAUAUUGGGAUUGCCCUGGGUUUGGUGACACACGAGGUCCUGUGCAAAAUAUUGUGAAUGCUUAUUCAAUUUAUAAGUUAGUGAAAAAUAUAGAAAAAUUAAAGAUUUUACUCGUUAUUUCUGAAUCAAUAAUUAGAAGUACAAGAAAAAAAGAAUUCUUAAAUCUUAUUAAUAAUUUGGGUGAAACUUUUAAAGUUACUGAUGAAUUAGUUCGGGGAUUAUGUUUAGUAAUAACAAAAAGCAAUAAGCUUGAUGUUAGAAAAGUAAGAAAUUGUUUCCGUAAAAUCCUUGAAGAAUAUGAUAAUCAAGAAA